UGGAGUCAAUUUGCCGAAAUGGAACAGCGGCUGGCGCUCGCCUCUAUAUGGGGCUUUGAGCCUAUCGGUAUUCGGGAAGUUAGUGAAGAAAUUAAGACUGCAACAUCUCAACCAGAUUGCCAUCUUGAAUAUCUCAAACUUUACGAUAUCAUCUCCAUUGAAGGUUCCGUGGAUUAUUACACAAAACAAAUCGCUGGCAUUGUUUCCGAUACUAUUUCCGGCAAUGAAUACAAAGACCUGCUUGAUGAACCACGCAUCUACCAGCUAGAUAUGACAUCUAGUCUCCAGAGCCUCAGCAAUGAGGACGAAAUGAACCUAUCCCUGGAGGAUGGCUGCGAACUGAUCCCAACCUCAUCUAUCCAUAUAACCAAACUCUGGCUAUCACCGAAUGGCGGCGUGGGGUGUUUCUCCUUCGAAUCCAGGAAACUACUUGCUAGCAUUGCCGACCUCACUUCAACCGAGAUAACUAUGCUCGACGAUACAAAUGGAAUUCAAGUCACGGGUACCAGUGAAGUGGAUGUAGAUGACGCCCUGGCUAAGCUUACUCGGGUUGAGAAGCCAUUGGCUUGUGUCCAUCGUCCUAUCACGACCAACAUUCUUGUGGCGCCGGAAGACGAGGCGUUGCGCUAUCGUCUCGUGAAGUACAACACCUUGAACCCGAUCGCCGAGCGUCGAGUUCUACCUGAUCCGACUCUCGACCCACACCUCGAUCCUAGUGAGAUGUAUGUUUCGGUACAAUAUUCGAUCGACGGAGAAACUCACGCGUUGAAACUACCUCCCAAUCUGGCGAACCCACCCCAUCUUUUUUACGACCCUGGAAAAUCUCGCAUCUGGAAUGAUUUCACCUUCCAGCCGCUUGGAAGUGAUGAGGGAUACGAUACAGUGUAUGAAUUGGCUGAAAGCGCUAACCCGAGAACCAAUGCGAUGACCGUAGCUGUCCCACCCUCGCUGCACCCUUACUUGACUGUUGAGAAGGCGAAGCAGGUGAACCAGUGGGUUGUUGAAGGGGCGCGAGUGGAGAAGGAUAUCCCUGAGCAGGAAUCCGUGGCUCCUGGUAUCAACCAGACUCCCAGUACUCAAGGUCCAGCUCCAACUCUCCAGGCUCCUGUUCCCAGAACUCCUGCCCGUGUACAACGCAACAGGUCCGAAGCAACCGAGCCUCAGAGACUUGCCGGUGUGAAAGUGCGCAGGGUUGCUCCAGCCAGUAUCAAGCAGAAGGCACAGGCCGCUCCCUCGCUCCCGGAAACAAGACCAGCUUCUACCAAAACUCUUCCAAUGGCUGAACCCAGAUCGCCAAAACCUGCAUCUUCGGGUCUGGAGGGAAACGAUCUUUCACCCCGUAGACGCUGGGUUAUGCAGUAUGAUGUUAAAAAUGGGGGCCAGGGCUUGCAGAGCCUCAAGAUGGAGGCUAAGGCGCCUAACUCCCAAUCUCAAGCUCGGGCCCAAGCGCGUUCCUCGGAGGACAAUCGGAGCAUUAUAUCGUCAAAGUUUGAUUCGACCAAGUACGGUCUUGCCAAAUCAUCUCCACAACGGGCCUUCGGUAGACGAGGUAAUCUCAGCACCGGUCCAGCCGCACUACGGAAGGCCGCCCGUCAGAAUCAAUUGAUCGAUAUCGACAUACCAGUAAGCAACACUACCAGCACCCAAGUUGUUUCUUUUGACCAGCCCGCACUGCUUCCCGUAGCAUCUUCAUCAUGCGGUAGUGGCUCCGAUACUACAAUCUUGCUGGACAAGAACACGUCCGACCUUGCCGGGUUGACUAUUGGAGCUAGUAAUCUUUUAGAUUCUAGUGACUCCUGGUCUGGUCUGGAAACCGCCUCCUGGCGCAGCAGCAACCUGAUAAGUCAAGAUAAAAGACUCAAUGCUUUGCGUCAGAGCUACAAUGCAGCGGCAGUUCAAGUGCUUCCCACUGCAGACGAAAAGCCGAAUAUCGCAGCCUCGCGCAGUCAAGCGAACGAGGCAUGGGUAAAGGCUAUGGUUACAGAUCUGGAGAGAGCUCAGCGCUCGGAAAAAGAGUCUUCCAGCGAGGUCACUUCCAGAGAGUUCCAUAACACCCGGCACAGGACUCCGAAGAGUGCAAUCACUGCUGAAAGCAAAGCCGAGGCCAAGGCAAGAAGACAAGCGACACUAGAGGAUUCCUGGGGCAUCAGCAAGCCGAAGAACAAGCCCAUCCGAUCUCCUGGAGGUCCGGAGCCAGCUGCAAGCGUCACUGUGCAAGCCUUGGUCGUGCCGAAGCCAGAUCCAGUGAAAGAUGAGGGUAUACAACGGCAGGUGAAGAAUAUCUAUGAUGCUAUCAUCCCCAUCCUCGACUUGGCAGUGUGCUUUCCCGGGGCGAAGAACGUCGAGAUGCAAUUCGGUCUGAUUCUGGUACCCCUUCUUCCGAAGUCCUACAGACAAGAAAACUUGACUGCAGAUGCUUGGACAAAAUUGUUUCGUCCACAGUCCGGCCUCUCGGCUCCAACCACCAAGUUCAUAAAGCGACUCACGACCUCUGGUGCCGAUAUUGACCAUAUUGUGGAUAUCCGUACUUCCAAAGCCGAUGGCAAACUUCGUCUAUUUGAGCAGGAUUACGCGGAUUACAGCGUGUCCUAUGAAUUCCAUUUCCGCACCCGAUCUAAUCAACUUUACAUGGUAGUCAUCGACGAAAAUGGGAGAUACAGCGUUCGGGAGCCGGGAAAGAAACUGGGAGGGGUCACCUUUCACUUUCCAGCUAACACGUGGGAUGCCAAUAUGUCGGUCAACCAAGUGACGGGAUUUGUUGGCGAUAGCAAUCCAGACAUUGAACAGAUCGCCCAGCACCUCGCUAAGAGCAUAUGGGUCGAACCGGAUCGCAACCUCAUUUGCAUCUACACGCGUCUGCCCACUGAGAUGGAGAAUAAAGUGACACUGGAGAAGGUGUACAUGAGGCGCUGGACUCGCCACCGUCAUCUGCAACGCGACGAGGCUGCUGCCCGUAUUGCUCGGGAGCAGGCUUCAGCUACUGUGACUACCAGUCCUGACAAGGCCCUCAAUGAGGAUGACAUCAAUACAACUUCCCAUAUCUUCCUGCAGAUCACUGAAGUGCAAGACCUGCUCUUGGGGAAACACUAUACUGAGCCAGAAGUCAAGCGAGCUCGUGCCACAGCACCGGCGGAGAUGGUGAACAACGGCCGACUGUGGUAUGAGGUCUCCUUGGUCAGUCCUGCGAUCGACUCUCUUCUUAACUCUAACGCCGACCUCGAAAUUGGCGAGCCCACAACUGACUGGCGCGGAAUUGACCUGUUCGGCCGCGACGCUGCUGCUUUGAUCGGUGACACAACUACGAACGAGGGUAAGACUGAAGACGAGACUCCCAGUGCCGUCGCCAAAGACAUCGGUCACGCCGGUCUCGGAGAUAUGCUCCGUCUAGCCAGGACAGUGAUCCAGCGCAUCGACGCGGUAGGGUAUUGGAAUACUCGACCCGGGAUGGACGUCCCGCUUGAGCCUCUCACCACCACCACCGCCUCGUUCCGAAGCAGUGCUCGGGCACGUGGCGUGGUCGGCAUGUCAUAUGGAGGUGAUGAUGAUGACUCGCAGAGCAGUGAGGAAACUCUAGGUGCCCGGGUGGAUUCCAAGGGGAUCGUUCGGUACCCGGCGCAGGUGGAUAUCUUUUCGCCGCAGGAGUAUUGGUAGUCUACCUUUUGAGCCUUUCUUAUGAGUCACGUGGUAGGGGUUGCUUCUUCGAAAGGGUCCCUGUACAUGGCAAGGACAGUGGACUGAUUUGACGAUGAGGGCACCUCGAGUACACGGGCUGCCUGUUCUUUUGUUCUCCCCGUUUUGCUAUCCGAUGCUGCGCAUGCUGGCUUUUCUGCGUUGCUUUAGAAGAAGUGACGGGGCUGGGUCUUUUACGGUGUCAGCGGCCAAGAAGAGGAAUUUUUCUCCCAUCGGUAAGGAGGCUGAUCAGUAAGGAGGCUGAGACUUCUAGUGGUUUAACACGGGGCGUUGAGAGCAGGAUCUUGGGCCCUGUUUCUGGGGGGUCCGCAACGCCAGGGGAGAUGGGGAGUUGAAGAAGCCAGGCUGUAUUUAAAGAUUCAUGGGUGCCGGGGUUGAAGUUCAAUGCUGUCCCUGCAGUAGGUGUUGGGUGGCUUGGGUAGAUGGGUAUAAGGGUAUAAGGGAGAGGGGCGGGU